AGGAGCCUCCUUAAGGAGCAGUUUUGUUCCUUAAGGAAAAUCAAAAUCUAUUAUAGAAGUAACUUUUUGCAAUAGAAAUUUUUUCAAGAAAUCCAUUCCCUUAACGAAGGCACGACUUAAGGAAGGCUUUUAAGAAUUUCAGAAAAGUUGCUCACCCUAAAGUACUAAUAUGGGGGACGUAGCUACGCUAGCUCUAACGCAAUGCUGAGAAAGCAUCCGAUUGAACAGAAUUUGCGUCCCGUUGUACAACUGCAGGAAUCAGAUCAGACAUUGCUACAGAAUCAGAGACCCGACCAUUUCUCGAAUCUAGGGACCGUGAAUCUGUGCAGCAAAGGGGACCAUUCGCAUAUGACAACUGGGUCUACCGCUAACGACGCUACUGCGAUGACAAUGAGCUGCAACGACUUUGUACAUGACACGCUUGCGGCCUCGGCGGGUGUGCUGUGGCCUUCCUCCACUACUCAUCUUGGCCGGGAUUGGUUGCAAUCCACGAUGGCGGGCACUUUAACGAGCUCAGAGAAGCGGAUGAGACGGACAUUAGAGACGCCAUGCGUAAUUUUUUGACGACGACGCGGAAAGCCUUCAGCGAUGCUCCACGCUUUCGUUGCAAGGAAGUGCUAGUGGCAUUGAGGAACGUGGACACGCAAGCGAAAGAUAGUUUGCGUCCAAGGUUAAUGAUUGUUUUGGAAGAAUAUUUUUUCAGUGUUUGUACAUGAAUAAUGAUUCGUACUAAGUCUGAUUCCCAGUUUCACCAUUCUAAUACGACGAGCAGCGAACGGCGGAACUACAUCGAUUUUGCUCUACGAAUCGAAAGAGCAGGUGAGAGCGCACGACGAACCCUCGUCGACACCUCCGGCGAAGCCGACCCUACAGGAGCUGGUAGGAGCGAGCAAGAAGUUCUGCGCAGAAACGCUGCUUGGUUCCAUCUUUACGCUAUCGCCUGACGUAAGCGCUAGCGGCCAGCCACCGUUUAAUGAGUUCGCAUGCGGUCACCUUACCGAGGAGUUGGUAAAUGGCUAUGCACAACAACUCUUAGGACCAGAUCUUGUUUGAACGUCUUCCCAUUUGCAUUUUCUUUCUAAUUAAGUAUUAGUACUUGUAUUUCAUCUCAUUUAGUAAGUUGAGAUCGAGUAAGGAUUACAACACGAAGCGAACGCAUGACCUCAUUUACUGAAGAUAUGACUACGUGUACCAGUGUCCUGAUGAGUUGCCUGAGUCUUUGGGAUACAUCUGGAGACUUCGAUUAGAUUGAGAAACAGAAAUGGGCAAAAAAGUUUAGCUGUAUAUGUUUCUAUUGGAUGCCCCAAGUAGUCCCUUUUCGUUGCUUCGUCUCGGGAGGAGCAGCAUAGUCAUGGUUAUAGUCGAGACAUAUCUACUUACUGCGCAUUCUGUAGUAUAACGUAGGAAGAUGAACAUAAUAGAUGCACACUCUUAUCGGGUUUAUAGUGAUCGCUCCUCUUAAGACAUGAGUUGAAGGUGUUCAAGUGCUAGCCUCAUCUUCAUCGAAGUUCUUUUGUUUUUUAUACCACAGGCAUAUGGUAUCCCUGUCUCAGUCUGGGAUGACGUCUCUGCGAUAUCGUGGCCGUGCUUAGUCAUAACUUCUAUCAACCUCAGGGAUCUCCGUAGUUAACAACAACAAGGACCAAAAUACAGGUGAUUGAAUGACAUGAGCUCGCGGUCAGAUGUACGUUGUCCUUCAGUGGCAGCGAUCGGUCCUUGAAUGAAGGAGACCGCAGCUUCCAGUUCAUUUCCUUUCCUUUCACUUAUUCAGUUCUGUCACAUGCAGAUUAGCAAUUAACAUCAGAUGAAAGGCGCUAAGCCUCAGGGAUCUCCGUAGUUAACAACAACAAGGACCAAAUACUUCCUCUUCUCAUUUUUCCCCUGUGCUGGGCGGAUAAAGUCGGCCAGGCCUCUCUACUCGAAGGAGUAGACACCUUUACCAUCCCUCAGUGCUGCCGUAGACCGAGGUCUGGGGCGAGAGACGGGGAUACCCUGAACUUGAACUUGAACUUAGCACUAGUCACAGGACAGGGGCGACAUCGCCGAGGAUGAUGAAGAAC